GGGGCGCAGGCGCGAUGCGCUGGAGGCGAGUAAGAGACCUAGUUCCGGCUCAGCCGCUCACGGCGGGUGCGAGUGCAGGGAAGCCAUGUCCCAGCCCGGCUCCGCUUGCCAGCCGCCGCCGGACGUUGACACAGAUGACUGUCUCCAGGACUAUUCCUACCUCUUUAGCCCGGAGAUCCUCAAGGGCAAAGUUGCGUUCAUCACUGGAGGCGGCUCUGGGAUUGGAUUUCGGGUAGCGGAGGUUUUCAUGAGGCAUGGCUGCCGUACAAUCAUUGCCAGCAGGAACUUGCAGAGAGUAACUGAGGCUUCAAAGAAGCUGGAGGCUGCUACUGGUCAGCGCUGCCUGCCUCUUUCUCUAGAUGUCCGGCAGCCCCAAACCAUCCUGGCAGCGGUGGACGAGGGUAAAGAGUUUGAACGAAUUGACAUCGUUAACAAUGCUGCUGGUAACUUCCUGUGCCCGGCCAGUGCUUGCUUCAAUGCCUAUAAGACAGUGAUCGACAUUGACACCCUUGGCAUCAAUGUCUCCAAAGUGGUCUAUGAGAAAUGCUUGCGGGACAAUGGCGGGGUUAUAGUUAACAUCACAGCGACUUUGAGCUACAGAGGACAGGCUCUCCAGGUGCAUGCUGGGACGGCCAAGGCGGCUGUAGAUGCAAUGACCAGGCACCUGGCAGUGGAGUGGGGGCCCAACAACAUCCGUGUCAACAGUCUGGCACCAGGCCCCAUUGCGGGCACCGAAGGAUACCGGCGGCUCGGUGGUGCUCGUGCAGAAGCGGACAGCUACCUUGAUACAGUGCCCCUCCAUAGGGCAGGGAAUAAGACGGAGAUUGCCCACAGUGUGCUGUACUUGGCGAGCCCCUUGGCAUCCUAUGUGACUGGCACAACCCUGGUGGUGGAUGGGGGGAGCUGGCUGACCUCCCCUAACAACUUCCCUGUGCUGUUGGAUCAUUGGACCAUGGAGGUGAAGAAAGACAAAUGAUGGAUGACCAGGGACUGACAGGAUACUGAGCAAACACUAGGGCUUUGGACAUCCCUCUGACAUAGGGUCAGGGGACAGCCAUGACCUUGCUGAGGCAAAAGUGAAAAUGGCACAGUUGAAGAUUCAGUGUUCGUGUCUCACCAGUGCAUCAUUGUACUACAGAUGCUGGAAGAAGCAAGAGGUUCUGGCAAUUGGGGAAAUGUGUAGCAGGCAGUUUGGGCUAUAGGAUAAGCACCCAAGCCAAAUGAUCAAAAGAGUGGUAGUGAAAUAGUGAAUUUGGACAAUGGGAUCUUAAUAGUGUACUUUUCAAAAUCACCACUGAAAUGGAUGGGGCAGUUCACACCUCUCAAUCUGUGGUUUCAGGCUGCCUGCACACUCAGGCAGACAACACAUCAGUUAUGCUCAAUUCACAUUUGAAAGAUGAGUUCUUAUGGUUGCAAAGAAAAAGAAGCUUUGCUGUUUAUUUGAGCUUUGCUGCAGGAUCAGGAUUCUGUAUUGUGCAUGGGGCCCUGACUGCGGCAAUUAGGGUAUUCUGCACUUGAAAUACUACAGAGGUACAGCUGCAGUGGUUCCAUGUACACAACAGCGAUGGGAGGGGUUCUCUCAUCAGCUGAUGGAAUCCACCUCCUGUGAGGCAGGAGCUAAGGCAACAAGAGAACUCUGCCAUUGAUCUAGCGUCGUGCACACCAGGCUUAGGUUGGCUUAACUGUGUCGCUCAGGGGUGUGGAUUUUUCACACCCCCUUGAGAAACAUGGCUAUCCCGACGUAGGUUAUCAGUGUAGACCGGCCCUAACAGACAGUAACUGGUCCUGCUGCCAUCCUGUGGGUUAGGUCUGGAUUAUCAGCCCCAUUUCACGUGUGAGGCUAUGAGGCAGAGAAAGAGCGGGAAAGCAACUUGCCUAAGGUCACUCAAGACGUGAGUGUCAGAUCCAGCAUUAGGACUCCCUGAGCAGUUCCUGAUUCCUAGCCCUUUAUUUAAACAGCUAGAACACAUGGGACACAUCUGGCUCAGGAUAAAGAGGUUAUAACAAUGGGAGGUAACUAGCCAGCCAGUGGCUUGUCCUUGCUCUGACUGACUUGGUAGCAGUAGGUUUCGAAUUCUAGUUGUGGUUCAGCACCCAGAGAGAAGGGAAGCACCUUGAAGGAGAGGCCCAUGAGGAUGGUUUCUUUGCCUGCCUGUAAUGGGUCUUUGCAGGAUCCCGUAUGCCUGUAAUACAUCAGCCCUUCGGAGGGCUGAUCUAGCAAUGGGUUGUAUCCCACAGAAUAUUCUAGCUUUUUCAGAUCUAAAACUGACUAUUUCUUUUCUGGUUGCCCCAAAUCUUCCCAAAUGUCCAAAAUCAGAGAGGGAGAUUUGAAACAAGCGUAUCCUGCAUCUGACCCAGUCUCCACUAGCUCUGAGAUUUUCCCAAAAGUCUCCUAGGCCCAGAUCCACAAAGCUAGUUAGGCUCCAAACUUCCACAGAAAGCAACAGAAGUUAGGAGCCUAAAUACCUUCAUGGUCCUAAGCCCUGAUCACUCUGUGCCUCAGUUUCUCUGUCUGUAAAAUGGGGAAUGAUGGUAGUAGGCUACCUCUUCAUUGUAUUGCGAGGAUUAACUCCUGCCUGUAAAAUGCUUUAAAGAAGAAAUCGUUAUCUAAGGGCAUGGCUACACUUGCAGAUGCAGAGCGCUUUAAGUUAAACCAGCCUUCGUAGAGAGCAGUAGGGAAAGCGCUGCAAUCUGUACACACAGACAGCUUCAAGCACACUGGCGUGGCCACAUUUGCGGCACUUGCAGCGGCAUUGGGAGCGGUGCAUUAUAUGCAGCUAUCCCAGCAUGCAAGUGACUGCAACGUGCUUUUCAAAUGGGGGUGGCGGAGUGGAGUGUGACAGGAAGUGUGUUGUAUGACUGUGGGGGGAGAAAGUGGGUUUUUGGGGGGGCUGAGAGCAUGUCAGCAUGGUGUCUUGUAAGUUCAGACAGCAACAAACCCAUCUCUCUCCCCCUGGCCUCUCUCUCUCCUACACAGCAUUCCACACUAAUGGUUGCUUUGUUUCGGAGCAGAUAAGCAGCCGGCUGUCAGAAGUGGAGCUUUCAAAGGGCAUUUCUGCAUUCCUGCAGCGAUUCAAAAACAAUUACAAGAGUGGUCACUUGAUUUAAGAGGAUUAUGGGAUGUUUCCGGAGGCUGAUCAGAGCACAGAAAAGCAACACCUCGUUCACACUGGUGCUGUGGUGCUCCAGCAGGGGCGCAGCAAAUGUUAUUCCACUCGCCGAGGUGGAAUACCAGCAGCGCUGUAACCGCGGAGUCAGAGUGCUCUACGUGCCUUGCCAGUGUGGACGGGUAAUGAGCUAGUGCGCCCGGGGCUCCUUUAUUGCGCUGUAACUCGCAAAUGUAGCCAAGCCCUAAGUUAUCCUAGGUUUGUGUCCAGCAUGCGUUGCUUCUGAGUCCCAGCCUCUCAAGCUAUGGCUCAGUACAUCAGACCUUUGUAUAUCUGUGCAGUACUCAAUGGUAGAAAAUGAGGUGAAAUUCACCACAGCCAGAAUCAAUGCAGCAGUGUCAAUGCUAGCUGGUCUCUAGUCUGGCUGCAGUUAGCAGGGCUCUGAGACAAUGCAGUCAGACCAGCUUGUGGAGCAGCUCAGAACUGGAUGAGAGCUGAGACAGAGCCUUUAUUGCUGCUGACUGAUGUAUUUGAAAACCCCCCCCCCCCCGCCGCCUGUGAUUCUGCUGAACACAAACUACCUUGUGCCACAGAGUAACUGGAAUGCCAGUCUACCAAAUGCCAGAGGUAUUGCUUCACCAGUGCUAAAUUUCUCAAAUAUACUCCUGUAAUCCUUGAGGGUGGAGGAUUCCCACUGUGCACUGGCACAGUCCUUCUUGUUAAGGAACUGAACAGAGCCAGGAAAUUCUCUCCCUAACAGUGGUGCAAAUUUGAUCAGAUACCACUCAUCAUUGCACCAUAGGCAGCAGCCCCUGAAUCAGUCUGUGAACCCAGAGAGAACCACAGGGUCUCUGUCCAGCAGCCUCUGUAAAGAACCCUAUUUACAUCCAUUACAACAGAGUCCUGUCUCUUCUGUGUUGCUACAGGCAGUACAAUCAUUAGGUAAAUCCAGGGCUGGAUUUUGGUGCCCAGCAGGAAUAGAUCCUUUCUAAAUCAACAAAUCAGCUGAUCCUCCACUACCCAGUGCAUGCUAGCACUGCACCAUAGAAUAAACUAAAUGCCGUGCAGAAGGGGUGUGAGUGACUCCUAGGAAGGAUUUGGCACAGGGGUGAACAAACUUUUUGGCCUGAGGGUCACAUCUGGGAAUAGAAAUUGUAUGGCAGGCCAUGAAUGCUCACAAAAUUGGGGUUGGGGUAUGGGAGGGGGUGAGGGCUCUGGGGUGGAGCUGGGGAUGAGGAGUUUGGGGUGUAGGAGGGUGCACCAGGCUAGGACCAAAGGGUUCAGAGGGCAAUAGGGGGAUCAGUGCUGGGACAGGGGGUUGGAAUUUGGGAAGGGGUGCAGGUUCCGGAUGGGGGAGCAGGCUCUGGGGAUGGGGGUUUGGGGUGCAAGAGGGGGAUCAGGGUUGGGGCAGGAAGUUGGGGUGCAGGCUCCAGGCAGCACUUACCUCAAGCGGCUCCCAGAAGCAGCAGCAUGUUCCUUCUCCACCUCCUAUGCAGAGGCACAGCCAGGUGGCUCUACGCACUGCCCCGUCUGUAGGCACCGCCCCUGCAGCUCCCAUUGGCUGUGGUUCCCGGCCAAUGGGAGCUGCAGGGUGGCACUUGGUGUGAGGGCGGUGUGCAGAGCGAAGGCCGAUGGCUGCCCCUAUGUGUAGGAGCUGGGGGAGGGGCCAUGCUGCUGCUUCUGGGAGCCACAUGGCAUGGUCCCCAACCCUGCUCCCCGGCUGAAGCGCCAGAGCGGGGCAAGACCAAGACCCCACUCCCCAGCGGGAGUUUAAGGGCUGGAUUAAAACAGCUGGCAGGCUGGAUCUGGCCCACCCGCCAUAGUUUUCCCACCCAUGAUUUAGCAGGUCCAUGCCACCCUCUCACUGCUAGAAAUAACUUAAUCUGUUUCUAAUUUUGUAAAAGCUUGUUUUAG